AUGGGUUCACUGUCCAGCAGCAACAGACGCAACACUUGCUUCGCCGUGGCUGCUGGCAGGGCUUACCUCACGGUCCUCGACCCGGCUGUGUUAAUCACAGCCUCCAUCUCUGCAAAGCUGACUCCCGGGGCACUCCUCCUCCUUACGUCAGUCCCAGAGGCACACCUCCUGGCAUGCUCAGUUUCCAUGCCUCGUCUCCCCGCUGCUUUGCCUGUGCCUAAGACCCUGAGUAAGAAGUUCUUUUACUGGCGGGAUCUGGAGAAAGCAGAGGAAAUGCUGAGGAAGCUGCUCCACCUAAGGAAGAAGGAGAAAGCUUCCUCAGCAGGAGACGCCGCUUCUCCCGAGGCGGCGCCCGAAGUCUCUGCAGCCCCUUCCCCCGAGGCGGCGCCCGAAGUCUCUGCAGCCCCUUCCCCCGAGGCGGCGCCCGAAGUCUCUGCAGCCCCUUCCCCCGAGGCGGCGCCCGAAGUCUCUGCAGCCCCUUCCCCCGAGGCGGCGCCCGAAGUCUCUGCAGCCCCUUCCCCCGAGGCGGCGCCCGAAGUCUCUGCAGCCCCUUCCCCCGAGGCGGCGCCCGAAGUCUCUGCAGCCCCUUCCCCCGAGGCGGCGCCCGAAGUCUCUGCAGCCCCUUCCCCCGAGGCGGCGCCCGAAGUCUCUGCAGCCCCUUCCCCCGAGGCGGCGCCCGAAGUCUCUGCAGCCCCUUCCCCCGAGGCGGCGCCCGAAGUCUCUGCAGCCCCUUCCCCCGAGGCGGCGCCCGAAGUCUCUGCAGCCCCUUCCCCCGAGGCGGCGCCCGAAGUCCCUGCAGCCCCUUCCCCCGAGGCGGCGCCCGAAGUCUCUGCAGCCCCUUCCCCCGAGGCGGCGCCCCCACCUGAGGCAUAGGUUCCUCUAUUCUGCUCUAGUCCCCGUUCCUGU